AUGGAAACUCCAGAGGGCACAAGGAGCAACGGGGCCAGCCCCGAGGCCAGGGAUGCCCGCAGCCCCCUGGGAACCAACGGCAGUGUAGAGAACGGCGGUAAGGUGGAAGCCAAGGAGAGCAAGGGCACCAAUGGGCAUGCCGGGGAAGGCGCCGAGAAUAAAAACCCGGGGAGCCCCCUGAAGCAUGGGGAGGGAAGGAGCGCCUUGUUUUCUGGCAACGACUGGAGGAAACCCAUCAUCCAGUUUGUGGAGUCUGUAGACGACAAGAACUCCAAUUACUUCAGCAUCGACUCCGCUGACAAGAGGUCACCUUAUGCGGGUCUCCAGUUGGGGGGCUCUAAGAAGCCCCCCGUAACCUUUGCAGAAAAGGGGGAGCUGCGCAAGUCCAUGUUCUCCGAGUCCAGAAAGCCUGUGGUGUCCAUCAUGGAACCUGGGGAGGUAAGAAGGAACAGCUACCCCCGAGGGGGAGAAUCGGGCGCUCUCCUCCGCAACAAGUCGAAUUCAGAAGAGAUCCUGUGUGACUCGUGCAUCGGCAACAAGCAGAAGGCGGUGAAAUCGUGCCUGGUGUGCCAGGCCUCCUUCUGCGACCUGCACCUCAAGCCCCACCUGGAAGGAGCCGCUUUCCGGGACCACCAGCUGCUCGACCCCAUCAGGGACUUUGAAGCCCGGAAGUGCCCCCUGCAUGGCAAGACCAUGGAGCUCUUCUGCCAGACAGACCAGACCUGCAUCUGCUAUCUCUGCAUGUUCCAAGAGCACAAGAACCACAGUACGGUGACUGUGGAGGAGGCCAAAGCCGAAAAGGAGACAGAACUGUCUUUGCAAAAGGAGCAAUUGCAGCUGAAAAUCAUCGAGAUUGAAGAUGAAGUUGAGAAGUGGCAGAAAGAGCGGGACAGGAUUAAGAGCUUCACCACCAAUGAAAAAGCCAUCCUGGAGCAGAACUUCCGUGACUUAGUUCGAGACCUAGAAAAACAGAGGGAUGAAGUUAGGGCAGCACUGGAGCAGCGGGAAAAAGAUGCUGUGGACCAGGUGAAGGUGAUUGUGGAUGCACUAGAUGAGAGGACCAAAGUGCUACAAGAGGAUAAGCAGACCAGAGAGCAGUUGCACAGUAUCAGUGACUCGGUUCUGUUUCUUCAGGAAUUUGGAGCUCUGAUGAGCAACUACUCACUUCCCCCACCUCUGCCUACAUACCAUGUCUUGUUGGAAGGAGAUGGCCUGGCUCAGUCACUGGGCAACUUCAAGGAUGAUCUACUCAAUGUGUGCAUGAGACACGUGGAAAAGAUGUGCAAAGCAGAUCUGAGUCGGAAUUUCAUUGAGAGAAACCAUAUGGAGAAUGGUAGGGACCAUCGCUUCAUGAACAACUACAUGUCUGACUGGGGCCAGUCAGACACCAUGAAGAGAUAUUCCAUGUACCUCACACCCAAGUCUGGGGCCAGGACAUCUUAUCAACCUUCUUCUCCAGGCCGCCUCACCAAGGAGACCAACCAAAAGAACUUCAACAAUCUCUACGGCACCAAAGGUAACUACACUUCCAGAGUAUGGGAAUAUUCAUCCUCCAUUCAGAGCUCCGAUGAUUUGCCUGUUGUCCAAGGCAGCUCCUCCUUCUCCUUAAAAGGCUAUCCUUCUAUCAUCAGAAGUCAGAGUCCCAAAGCUCAACCACAGACGUGGAAAUCUAACAAGCAGACCUUGAUGUCACACUACCGUCCAUUCUAUGUCAACAAGGGUAAUGGCGUGGGUUCCAAUGAGGCCCCUUGAGCUCCCAGCUUAGGAGCGAGACAC